AUGGGAUCUGAAAGGAAAACAGAUGAGAAUGAAGAAGAAGAAGAAGCCGAAUCUGGAUUUGUGAUGAAGAAGGAGGAGAGAACGGUUGAACCUGAACUAAGUGAGACGGAUCGAAAGAGCACGCAAGUUGUGGAGAGAGGGGCUCCACGCUUUUCCGGAGAAGAGCACAGUCUCGGAGACAGCAAACUCGAUGAUGAUGCGGAGUGA